AACUAUCUAUAGACUAUAAUCAAUUGCCGCACUACCGAUUCUAUCUUUUAUCCUCUUCUAUCUCCGCUUUCCGUUCUUUCCAUCCAGUCUGCCAAUCCUGAUUUCGAUUCGGUCCGUAUCCCCCAUGGCAGUGGCCAACGCUUGGGCCACGGGGCAUUCCGCCGUCCCUCCGCCGCUCCGACUCUCUUCCUCUUCACCUGAAUCCAUAAACCCUCUUCGCAAGAAAAAGCCCCUGCUUAAUUUACCGAACACGUUUCUUCUUGGAAGACGCAGGAACUCCACCCUAUCGUGCCGCUGUAGCAAUGAUUUUGAGAGCAAUAGGAAUUAUGGUGACAUUAGCAGUAAUAAUAUCAGUUCCGGCUGUUCAUCAUCAUCAUCGCCACACUCAUCUGUGCAUUGGGAUUGGAAUAGGUGGACUAGCCAUUUCUCGGAUAUCGAGCAGGCUGAAAGCUAUACCUCUGUUCUCAAGUUUCAACUAGAAGAUGCAGUAGAGAAGGAAGACUUCCAGGAAGCUGCAAAGUUAAAAGUGGCUAUUGCUGAAGCAACAUCAAAGGAUACUGUUGCCGAAAUUAUGUUGCAGUUGAAGAAUGCAAUUGACGAAGAGCGCUAUAAUGAUGCUUCAAGGAUAUGCCGAAGUACGGCAAGCGGACUGGUCGGUUGGUGGGUUGGCUAUUCUAAGGAUUCCUCCGAUCCUUUUGGGAGAUUAAUUCGAAUUACUCCAGGAACUGGUCGGUUUGUUGGAAAAAGUUAUAGUCCUAGACAGUUGGUUACGUCAGCUCCUGGAACUCCUCUGUUUGAAAUCUUUGUGGUUAAAGAUGCCAAUGAGACCUAUAACAUGCAGGUUGUAUUUCUAAAAAACACUAAAGGGAAUUCAACAAACUUAAGUCCAUCCGAUACAUCCACCAACGGGCCAUCAACUGAUGAAACUGAAAAUGCGUCUGUAGCUAAUGAUAAGCAAGAAGAAAGUGAAGCAGAAAUGGGUGAAGGUAAGAGCAUCAAUGUAGAAGGAGCCGCUGAAGAAGGAAUAAAGAGUGUUAUAAAUUUUCUCAAGGAGAAAAUCCCAGAACUAAAGGUUAAAGUGAUGAAAGUUGACGUUGCUGAGGAUAUUAACGAGGAAACUGUGAAGGAGUUUAUUGGAGAAGACAGUGAAACCACAACCAGUGAAGAGUCAGAUGAGGAAGCUUCUGAUGUAGAUAACAAUAGACCUGAUAUAGUUUCUGCCCAUGGAGAGAGUGACACAAUGGAAGAUGAAAACAAUUUAGACAUGAAACUUUACAUUGGAGGGGUUUUACAUAAUAAAGAAGACAAUCCUGGAAAGGAUGAAUUUAUACGUGUACCAGCUGACAUAAAAGAUAUGGAGAAAGACUCAUUUCUCUUGCAUAUUCCUAAGAGGCAUCUAGAUAAUAAUACUGAUGAGAAUAUUGCAUCUAAAGUUAAGGUGGCUGCAAUUGCUACACAGGGUGUUUCUGAGCUUAUGCCUCCUGAUGUUGCCAAGGCAUUUUGGAGUUCAGAAAAAAUUCCUCCAAAGGUAUCUAGAGAUGUACGUGAAAUAGUAAAACUUGCUGUCAGUCAGGCACAGAAGCAAAGUCGGCUAUCUGAAUAUACAUAUUUUAAUCGUAUCAAUAUCUCCAAAGGUGAUUUAGAUCCUUUCGAAGGUCUAUAUGUUGGUGCUUUUGGUCCAUAUGGCACUGAAGUAGUUCAAUUAAGGCUCAAAUAUGGUAACUGGAAAACGAAUAAUGAUGAUAAGUCAAGUGAUGUGGAGUUCUUUGAAUAUGUUGAAGCUGUCAAGCUGACAGGGGAUUUGAAUGUUCCUGCUGGGCAGGUAACAUUUCGUGCUAAAGUAGGGAAGGGUAGCCGUCAUGCCAACCAGGGAAUGUAUCCGCCGGAACUCGGGGUGGUUGCAAGUUACAAAGGGCAGGGAAGAAUUGCAGAAUUUGGGUUCCGGAAUCCUAAAUGGGUGGAGGGGGAGCUCCUUCAACUGAAUGGCAAGGGUUUUGGGCCGUAUGUCAAAGGAGCAGACCUUGGCUUUCUCUAUGUUGUCCCUGAGCAAAGUUUUCUUGUGCUAUUUAAUCGUUUGAAACUUCCUGAGUGAGUGGUAUCGCAACUGCAUUCCUUUUUAUGUUUUCUUGCCGCUGAAAUUUUGCUAUUGUGGAUGAAAUAACAUAACCCCCUUGCCCUCCUCCCCGAAGUUUUGUAAUACAACCUUUUGUUCACUAAAGUAGUGGUGUAUAUGUCAUGGUGUGUUGUUAUUGAA